ACGAUGGCAGUUGCUGGAUUAAACAUGUCACCGAUGUUUAGCGGAUAUCCCUUCCAAGGUCAAGGACGUGUGAAUCAGUUGGGCGGUGUGUUCAUCAACGGGCGCCCUCUACCGAACCACAUUCGACUGCGGAUCGUCGAGAUGGCCGCGUCCGGUGUGCGACCUUGCGUCAUCUCCCGGCAGCUCCGCGUAUCGCACGGUUGUGUGUCGAAGAUUCUGAAUCGCUACCAGGAGACGGGCUCAAUUCGUCCGGGCGUGAUCGGUGGUUCGAAGCCACGUGUCUCCACCCCGGAGAUCGAGAACCGGAUCGAGGAACUGCGGAAGGCGAAUCCGGGUAUCUUCAGCUGGGAGAUCCGUGAUCGACUGAUCAAGGAUGGCUUGUGUGACAAGACGACGGCACCAUCGGUGAGCUCCAUCAGUCGACUGCUCCGUGGUGGGCGCCGUGAGGAUGGAGGACCGGAUUCACACGGAAACCACUCGAUCAGUGGCAUCCUGGGAGGCUCUUCGUGUGAUGAGGAAGAUGACAGUGACACCGAGUCCGAACCGGGCAUCACAUUGAAGCGCAAGCAACGCCGAUCACGGACUACCUUCAACGGGGAACAGUUGGAGGCACUGGAGAUCGCCUUCAGUCGGACACAGUAUCCGGAUGUGUACACGCGGGAGGAACUAGCCCAAAAGACCAAACUGACGGAGGCUCGCGUUCAGGUUUGGUUCUCGAAUCGACGUGCCCGGCUACGGAAGCACAUGAGCUCACAACAGAUGUACCCGGCCCAGUACCAGGCGCAUUCGUUCGAACAUCAAGCGGCCACCAGCAGUGGGGCCACCGUUGGUUCCGGUGCCCCAGGCACUGGUUCCGGAUCACCGAUGGGUGCCGGUAGCUCAUCGGCAUCGUAUUCGACGGCCGGUACCACGGGCCAGACGGCAUCGAUGCAUGCGCCAACGCAAACCUCCUACAAUCCGCUCGCACAAACGAUGAUGCAUCCAACGUCCGCCACCAUGAGUCCACCGGUUUCGAUGAGUCCCCCGAGCUCGGUCAGCCCACCUGCGUCCCACGCUGGCGCUAACUCUACCUCCGUUUCGCCAGUUCCCACACAUACCGGGACCGGCUCCCUGUCCCUGCACGGUAACGGUGGCAACGAUUCUAACUUGGCCACGGCUGGCCACUACAACUAUUUCUCGAUGGCGCUGGACAACGGAAACACCCCGCAUCACGGGGUACAGCAUCCUCACUCCCACGGUCCGACCUCCCAUCAUCAUCAUCAUCAUCAUGCACACUCCACGCAUCAUGCCGUGGGACAAAUCAGUGCCGCCCAAUCGUACGCUGCGGCCGUCGCUGGUGGUUACUCGACGGCGGCUGGCGCCAAUAUGGAGGUCGCCACUGCUGCCGCCGCCGCCGCCGCCGCCGCCAACACACAGGCAUCGUGGCGCUCCGGUAGCUCCGUGGCUGCUCACUGCCAGAAACCAGCGGCCAGUGAAUGGGAUGCGUACAGCACAUUUUUCUCCAACAACAUGGGCCACCAUCAUCAUCAUCCGGCAGCAGCCGCAUCCGCACACUACCAAUCGGCCGCGGCCGCCGCUGCUGUGGCCGCCGAGGCCAAAUCGGGCUAUCCUUACUUUGGCCAGCUCGGAACACUGGAAGUGAGCCGUCUACACUGCUAG